AUGAGCUAACAUAUAGCUAAUCAAUAUUUUUAACAUCCCUUAAAAAGCGAGCCAAACAGAAGAAUUAAGACUCUUUACUCCAUGAAUGAUUCUAACUCAUGUAGGAUUAGAAAAGUGAUCAUUCCCAAAAAUAUCAGUAUUGAUAAAGAAACCCUUUACGAGCAAUUACAUUUAGAAAAACUGAAAACUAAACAAUUGCAAUUAGAAAAUCAAUCUAUGUAAAAUGUCUUGCAAUAAUUUGGAAAAGAGAUAGAUAUGAUGGAUGAAAGUGACCAAAGAAAAGUCAUUUAAUAAAGUUUACUAAGGAUCAAACAAAAGGAUUAGGAAAUACAAAUACUUAAAGAGAAUGCUUAAUUCAAAGCUUAGCAGGAUAUGAAAAAGUAGAUCCAAGAAUUAAAAAAAGAACUCUUAAAAUAUCAGAUUCUUUAGAAAUUCGAGGGUGACUAAAAUUAGAUAGUUCAAGAUAAUAUAAAUUUAUUAAAUAAGAUUGAAACAUAAAAAUAAUAUAUUAGCGAGCUCGAGAAGAUUAGAUCUGACUAUAUUCAAGUCAAAGCUAAGAAUAAUCAACUACAAUAAGUCAUGAAAUUGAAAGACCAAUAAAUACAGAGAUAUAGAGAUAGGGAUCCCUUAUCAGAAAUGAAUUUGAUGAAACAUCCCAGUAAGAAUGAGAACCUUUUAGUUGACGAACUCUAAAUGAGGAUGGAUGAAAUAUAGCAUUUACAAACAAGACUUAACUAAUAUUAAUAAAUUAUUCAGGAUAACCAAAACGCCUUGAUCGAAUUAAACUAUGAUUCCAAAUAGAAAAUCUAACAUUUGGAAGCAGAAAAAAAAUAAAUUAGCGAUAAAUACGAUAAACUUUAUAUGGAUUAUAAUAUUCUAUUGGAAAAACAAAAACAAAUUGACAAGUAAUUUAAUCUCAUAAAUCUAGAUAUCUGUAAUAAUUUUCUAAGAAGAAACUAUCAACCCAAACUUUAAUUUAUGGAGAGGAUUAACUUUUUUAAUCCACUACUUAAGUUCUUUUAUCUCCAUUGACAUCGCCCCAUCAUGGAGACAAUGUGGUUGUUAAACAAGUCAAGAAACAAUAAAUCGAAUAAACUAUUUUAGAAUUGAAAUUGUCUCUAAGAAAAAAAAGAAUCGCUCUCUAAGAUGCAGAAUUAGUAUAAGAAUUAAAAUUAUACUUAGAUCCUAUUCUAAUCAGAAGAGGAUAUUGCAAUAAAUGAUUUAGAGAAGUAAUUGAGAUUGGAUCCCUUUAAUCUUAAAAACAGUACUUUGCUUGCUAGAUAUAUGAUUGAAGAUUAUUCUGAGAAGUAUAAAUUCUAAAUUGAUAUCAAGAGAUUUCGUCUACGAUCCUGAAUUAAAGGCACCUUAAGCCAAAGUUAAAAGUGUCUUUAGAAAUCUUAUGUAAAAUUACAAGUUAAGUUUUGACUAAAAUGUGUAAGAGCUAGUUGAAACUUCUAUCAAACAAAAUCUCAUUGACUUUUGUGUUAAAAGAUCUGUGCAUACUCUCAAUUUAGACAAUAUCAAUGAAUGCAUGAUAUCAUAGGAUAUCCAAUGGAAUUCUAAGCAUUCAGAUUACCUUCAAUAGAUGUAUUACAAUAAAUACAAUAAGUACAUAAAUUUCGAACUUAACAAUCUAUUAAAAUUGUUUGAUAUAACAUAAUGA